CUUAUAUGGAAGAGUGGCUCUCGGUCUUACUUCCGGUAGAGUGUGAGCGUUAUACGAAUGGUCUAUGUAGCGUAUGUGAGGUAAUAUUUGUCUUUUUGUGUACUCUUUCUACUCGUUAAGACUGCGGAGUACUUUACCUGUGCGAAGAACGGAUUUUCCAACAUCACGCGUGCUGCGGAAACAUGUCCAAGUCUUUGAAGAAGAUAGUGGAGGAGAGUCGGGACAAGAACCUCCCAGAAGUGGAGAUGUGCGACAGAGGUAUUUCGAGCAUGCUGGACAUCCCAGGACUGUUUACUUUGUCCAACAUCACUCAGCUGGUCCUCAGCCACAACAAGCUGACAGCGGUCCCUGCUAACAUUUCUGAGCUGAAGAACCUUGAGGUUUUAAACAUGUUCAACAACCAGAUUGAAGAGCUGCCAACUCAGAUCAGCAGUCUUCAGAAGUUGAAACACCUCAACCUCGGCAUGAACCGUCUCAGCGGUUUGCCGAGAGGAUUUGGUUCACUGCCAGCUCUGGAAGUGUUGGACGUUACCUACAAUAACCUGAAUCACAGCUCACUACCUGGAAACUUCUUCUAUCUCACCACUCUUCGUGCUCUCUAUCUGAGUGACAACGACUUUGAGGUCCUGCCUGCUGACAUCGGGAAGCUGACCAAGUUGCAAAUACUGAGUCUGAGGGAUAAUGAUCUGACCUCAUUGCCUAAGGAGAUUGGGGAGUUGGCCCUACUCAAAGAGCUUCACAUCCAGGGCAACAGACUCACCGUCCUUCCUCCUGAACUUGGUAAUCUGGAUUUGACUGGUCCUAAACAGGUGUUUAAAGCAGAGAAUAAUCCCUGGGUCACUCCUAUUGCAGACCAGUUCCAGCUGGGUGUCUCCCAUGUCUUUGAAUAUGUUCGCUCAGAGACUUACAAGUAUCUCUAUGGCAGACACAUGCAAGCCAACCCAGAACCUCCGAAGAAGAGCAAUGAUAAAAGUAAGAAGAUAAGCCGCAAACCCCUGGCUGCCAAGAACAAGUGAAGAGCAGACCUAAAAUGACCAUAAAUGCUUGCUCAGCUAUCUAAACUUGCUUUCCCUUUUUUUAUUAUGUGUCUUGAUAUAAAAUGUUCAUGGUU